CAACCUGUCAACCAUUCGCAUCAAUUGGAAAGAUGAAAGUAUUUUUAAGUUUCGUUGCUCUUUUGGUUCUGUCUUUGACGCAAGCCUUUAUGCCCGUCUCCAAGCCAUCGUUUGGACGGGUUGGCGGUACUGUGUAUAUGGCGAAAGAGAUGACGCCGGAAGAAGAGGAGAUUGCUGUCGAGAAAGCAACCAAGGCGAUGACGGCCUUCACGAAUAAAUACUUACAGAUUUCAGAUACCAAGCUCUGUGCAGACAAAUCGGUUCCUGCCGUAGUAAUCAAAGGACUGGCUGAGCACAAGGUGACGUUGGGAGCACCGCUCUGUCCGUGUCGCUUCUACGAUGACAAGGAAAAGGAAGCUAAGGAUGGUUACUGGAACUGCCCUUGUGUACCAAUGCGAGAACGACAGGAAUGCCACUGCAUGCUCUUCUUGACAGACGACAAUGAUUUCGUUGGCGAAGAAACUAACAUUACAUUCGAUGAAGUGAUUGAAGGGAGUCAGGGAAUGAGCAUGUAAGAUGCUGCCGUUGCUGAACUUAUACAAUAUAUCUUGCUGUUACUAAAGCUCGAGCUCAGGCUCGGAUCCAUGCAAAUCCAUCAGCUCCCUAUAGUUUAUCUACCGAGAAGAUCCACACCCAUAAAUUGUUCACGAGAUACUUUGCGCAGUGACGCGGAAGAUUGCACAGUUUAAAAUAAUGUUUGCUCCAAAAAAAGCCA